AUGCUGGCCACAUCGUUGCUGAAGAGGGUCCUGUGGGUCCUCCGCUUUCCAUCGUUUGCUCCAGAAUCAGGCAACUACCGAGUGGGUGCCAUCCAAACCAGAUUGCCCGAUAGCAUUGCCUGCCAGAUCCACUACCCCGCCAACACUACACCACUACAACCCAAGCAGCAGGAUUUCACGCCGUACAUGCGACCUCAGGCCGUCGAUGGGAUUGCCGAUUACAGCCGCACUCCAGCAUCUCUGUUGCAGUUUUUGGCUUACCGGCAGCAUCCUUGUGCCGUCAAUGCCGAACCACUUCAAGGCCGCUUUCCCGUCGUCUUGUUCUCGCAUGGACUCGGUGGGUGCAUGGAAAUGUACACGCAGCUGUGCCAACAAGUGGCGUCUCAUGGAUUCAUUGUGGUCGCCAUGGAACACGAAGAAGGAAGUGGUGCCUACGCCGAAACACCGCUCGGUCAGCCCAUUUUGUACUCCAGACCGGAUGAUUCCCCUUAUUCCCGACAAAAGGUACUCAACUUUCGACGGCCCUUUUUGAAGCAGCGGGUCGAGGAAACCACCCGUGUGUUGGAAAUUCUGUUGAAUAAGAAUAAAAACGCGACAAUCCCACCACACGUGCAAAAGAUUCUGCAAGUGGCGGAUACUUCCCGGGGAAUUGCCUUUUUGGGACAUUCCUUUGGAGCUGCCUCGCUGAUGCUGGCAACUCGCCAGUACCUGGAUUCCAAACAACAACAACAACAACAAGCCAGGAUGAUACCCAACUCACUGAGUGUCCUGGAUCCCUGGUGUUUCUCCUUGGAGGAUGAUGUGUUGAAUCAAGGCAUGCCAACCGAGAUACCCACACUGAGCAUCCUUUCCGAAAAUUGGUUGACCAAUCCAGAAGUCAAACAAGUCGAUCAGUUCCUGCAACACUGCAACACCCUUUCGUCUUGGUUUAUUCCCAAGAGUGCUCAUGCAUCCUUUUCGGAUGCGGUUUCCUGGUUGCCUCGAGUUGUUGGCCGUAAACUUUACUUGUGUCACAAGCAGGAGCAAAAGCACAAGACUGUACCAACGGCGGCCAAGGCGUGCGUCGACCAUAUCCAAUCUGCACUUCUUGCCGCCGGUGAUAAUAACAACUAUCAACCACCACAAGCAUCCGAGUUUCUACAAGAGUACAAGACUCCUCAAAUUCUACGGAAGGUACCGUCCAAAGUUGUGGCCAACACAGCCAAUUGA